AUGGACCUGCCAGCUCACGUGGGAGACUUGACGACUGCCCUGAUCCAAAACAAGUUGGACGGCACCCAUCUCGAGCCGAGCACCACCCGCCAGAAAGUGGUGGCAGCGCUGUACUCGGGAACCAACUACAUCCAGCUCACCCUCACCUUUGAAGCGUCGGGCAAGGAAGCAAUCAUCCUCAGACGGGUCGACGACCUGUAUGUCAACGUCAACCAGUUGUUCCAGGUCUUAAUUGACUUCGACCUCGUCACCGAGCAGCAACGGGAAAAUUUUAUCGCCGACGAAAUCAUCGACAAUCCUCAGUACCAUGGCGACGGCAUCAACCAGUACCUUGACUUACGUAAUGACGCUAAUGAACACGUCCAAGGGGUGUGGAUUUCUUACGAUAAGGCGGUAGCGUUCUCGGUUAAAUUCGAUAUCUACCAGCUCGUGAAACGGUUAUUUUUAAUCGACGUCCACGAGUUUGACCGGUUGCCCAACGCCAACAAACGUGUCGUGGAUGACGAUGAUGAAGGUGGGCCCGAGUCUCCGACUAAACGGCAGCGGUCUGACUCCGGACCGAGCUUGUUUGAGGAACCGCAACUGCAGGAAGAACGGGACAUGGAAAAGCUCUUGAAGAAGCUUGUGGCCGCCAACACUAAUACUCCCUACGCCCAGUCGCCCGUCAAUCAAACCAAUGAUGAGUUGGCUCUGCGGCUAAAGCUUAAAUUUGGCGAGAUUUUCAAGGAAGACGUUGAAGACGGUGGCCAGCUUAGCUUCGAGAGUAUCAAACGCCAAUUCGACCCAAUCAUUGCUGAGUAUGCCAGCCAGGACCCGGGACAAAUAAUGGACAUCGCCUUAGAUCCUAAAGGGCAGACGGCGCUUCAUUUCGCUGCUACUCUUGCCAGCAAAAACUUGGUGCGCAGUUUCAUCAAAUUAGGUGUAAACCUGCCCGUACGGGGUAACAUUGCUGGGGAAACGCCGCUUAUACAGACCAUCCAGGUUACCAACCUGAUGGAAAAGGGGAAUUUCGGUGAGCUUUUGCGCAAGUACCUUUGGCCCGGUCUCUGGCUCUUUGACCGUAAACAUCAAACGGUGUUCCACCAUUUGGCGAUGCACUCGCGUAAAGCUGAGCUCACCAAAUACUACACCACCAAAAUUAUCGAGUAUAUUGCUCUGGACGACCAGCGAUUGCGUGAUUGUUUAGCGCUUAUAAACGUUCAAGACGAAGAGAAUGGCGAUACCGCGCUCCACUGGGCCGUGGAACAAGAACUGAAGUGGAUGGUGCGUCUUUUGCUCGUGCUUAAAUCGGAUGCCACUAUCACCAACAAAAAGGGGGUGAAGCCUCAGGACUUUAAGAUGGUACAAGCCAUUCAAAACGAAGACGGUCAGCUGGAAUACGUGUUUGAUUUGCUUACCACGGCGAUGGAGCUUUUGGAUAAGAGGCUCAGCGAUUCUAAGAAGUUACCUGAAAUCGAAGACCCCGUCGAAGUCAAUGCUAAGCGUGACGAAGAGGUCAACGAAGAGCCUCGUCAGAGCGCCCUGGCCAAGAUCUUCAAACUGAUUCUGGACCUCUUGGCCAAUACCAACGUUGAGUACGAACAGAUCCUCAAUACCAAGCGGGAGCAGAUCAAAGCGCUCAACCAGCUGUUACACGACCUGACCAUCGUCACCGCCAACAACCGCUACAUGCUUAAGCUGUUGACCAGCCGGCUUCUGGAACUCGACAACCUCAAGCUUCAGUUGAACAAUUUGAACGACAAACUCGCCGUGCUUAAAACGCAAGGCAAACUGCUGGGGGACGAUGAGUCGGAUAAGACUGACGAGGACGCGGAGUUCAGUGCCGACGCUCCGUUUAUCAUUCCUGAGCUUUACGAGCCGAUGAAACGAGGCGACCCCAUCGAAGACCUUAAGCCUAACGACAUCAAAUUGCCGCCGCUCCCCAUUUUGAAGGCGAGAAUCGCCGCUUACAAAGAGGUGAAUCUGCAGUUAGAGUCUGAGCUCCAGCAGUUGAUGGACUACUCGGAACUUACCACCAAAUUCAAAAAGGUGGUGCUGAUGUGUACCGGUGUGGGCAUCAACGAGGUCGACGAUUUGUUGGAUGGCUUGUUGGAGGCGGUUGAGAGCCAGCAGUAG